AUGAAGACCAAGUGCUGUGGUCGACCUGUGUUUUGCUCCAAGACAACCACCUAUACCUUUCUGCUUGGAGGAGUCUUUAUUGUAUUGGGCUCAAGUCGAAUCCUCCUGAUGAAGUAUUCUGCCAAUGAAGAGAACAAAUAUGAUUACCUUCCUACGACAGUGAACAUAUGUUCUGAAGUAGUAAAACUGGUCCUGUGUGUGAUAUUGGCGCUAUGGGUUAAGAAAAAAGAGGGUUGUUUGGAUCAUCCCUUUGAAUGUCUUUCCUGGAAGAAUUUUUGUAAUUCCAUGAAAUGGUCAAUUCCUGCCUUUCUUUACUUUUUGGAUAACUUGAUUGUCUUCUACGUAUUGUCCUACCUCCAACCAGCAAUGGCUGUACUCUUCUCAAAUUUUGUCAUUAUAACAACAGCUCUUCUCUUCAGAAUAGUGCUGAAGCGAAAACUCUCUUGGGUACAAUGGGCCUCUCUGGUGAUUUUAUUCCUGUCCAUCGUCGCCCUGACUCUAGGAACUGGAGACCAUCAGCAAAGCUUGGCUGCACACGGAUUCCAUCACAAUAUGUUUUUCAGUCCAUCUAACCACUGCCUUCUCUCUGCUGGACCUGAGGAAGCAUGCCUGGAAAAGGCCAACUGUGCAGCACCAAGUUUCCUUCCCAGCUUCUACUGGAAUGUCACCAGUACCAUGGCAGGAGCAUUGAAACCUCUCCACCUUAGCCUGGGCCAUCUGCUUAUUCUAGUGCAGUGUUUCAUUUCUGCCCUGGCUAACAUCUACAAUGAAAAAAUCUUGAAAGAUGGGGAGCAGCUUGCUGAAAGCAUCUUCAUACAGAACAGCAAACUCUAUGCCUUUGGGGUGCUGUUCAAUGGGCUCAUGCUGGGGCUGCGGGCUAAGGACUGGAGGCAGAUAGGGAACUGUGGCUUCUUCUAUGGACACAACAUCUUCUCAGUGGCUCUCAUAUUUGUCACAGCUUUCCUGGGGCUGUCUGUAGCCUUCAUCUUGAAGUUCAGAGACAAUAUGUUCCAUGUUAUGACUGCUCAGAUCACCACUGUCAUCAUCACCGCCGUGUCUUUCAUCAUUUUUGACUUCAGGCCUUCCCUGGAGUUCUUUUUGGAAGCUCCUGUAGUGCUUCUCUCCAUAUUCAUCUAUAAUGCCAGUAAACCAAGAGGCCUGGAAUAUGCCACCCUGCGGGAAAGGGGCAAACUUGGCAAAGGAGAUGCAUGGGAGAGGUCAAGUGGGGAUGGAGAAGAAUUUGAGAGACUGAACAAACCAAGCAGUGACAUUGAUACAGAUGAAGAUUCCCUCUAGCAUGAAGCUGAUUUGGAGGAGUGCUGUUACUCAUAGUGAGAGAAUG